GAGUCGCGUUCCACGGGCACAUUCCGCUGGGAAGGCCCCGCACCUCCAGGGCACCUCCAGCCAUGGCGUAGCGCCGUGCCUCGGGCCAUUCCCGCCGCCAGGGCCCCAUUCCCAGAGCCAGGAUGCCGUCCCUGCCGCAGGACUCGCCCGCCGCGGGACUGGGGACGGGGUUCCCCAUGGUGAGGGACCCCCGCUCGGGGCCCCUGGGCUCCUACGUCACCACCUACGAGGCGGCCUUCGGGCAGCGGCGCUCGGGCUCGCCCCGAAAGCCGAGGGAGGGGCGAAUUUGGGGGAUCGAGCCCCCCAGCGACAGGAGCAUCCGGCCCCUCCUCGGCGUCCACACCGGCUCGGGAUACGUCGUCAACAACUACUCGGCGCUCAAAUCCCUGAUCUUCCCGCACGUGGAGCGCCAGGACACCGACGUGUCCACCACCUCCGAGGACUUCAAGGUCUUCGGGCGCCCGGAUUACCAAAGGAUGUUGCCCGAGCACGUGGAUGAGCCGCAGUGUCCGUAUCCCACCGGCCUCUCCUUUUCCCACCUCCGCUUCGGGGAGGUGAGAGCCCCGAAUGCAUCCGGGGAAUACGGCACCCAGAGCCACUGUGCCAGUCCUGCCAAGCCAGGUGUCCCACCGAGGGUGACGGAGCUGUCGGGCUGCGCCGGGACCGCGCCAAGGAGUGACCUCACCCUGCCAGAGCAGCCCCUUGAUGUCGGUGGUGGUCGGAUGGAUUCCUUUCCUGCCAUAUGCAGCACUCCUGCCAUGGGCCACCCUGCCCCCUUCGCCCCCCCGGAGCUCGAAGUGGGACCCAAGGGAGUCAUUGCCGUGAAGAAGCCACUGACCUACAGCACUGUCCACAACAAGUUCCUGAACAAGCUCUCGCCGCUGGCCCCCGUAGCACCAGGCUGGUGGGCACAGGCUCCAACCACCUGGGCCCCGAGAUCUGUGGAGGGCAUCCAGAUCCCGAGUCCCAGUGGCUUCAGCACCAACAACCGCCCCACCAACCUGUGGCGCAUCGAUGACCCCCUGACGUGACCCCCCAAAAAGUGCUGCUGCGUCCUGGGAAUCCCAUCCUGGGCUUUUCCCAAACCCCCGUAGGAGGAAUAAAGACCCUGCGUGAUGCCCUUGG